UCGGUACAGACAACUCAGAAACUCAGCAGCUCCCAAGAGUUCCUCAACGCGCUUCUUCUCUCUCUACCACUCGAAUACAAUUUUUUAAGAUUCCAAAAUAAAUUUGGAUUCAGUUUAUUCGUCGUGCCUGCCCAGUUUGUCCGUUUACAUAUAUUCCAGUGAUUUGCCGAAAUAUUAGUGCGACAACAUGAGGAUCUUUCUAGCACUUUUCAUCUUGGGGCACGCCCUGGCUGGUGUGCCACACUCCCAGCAGCUGACGGCCCAGAUAAACGCUGACAAAUUGAAGCACAACGAUCGACUUCUGCCGAUCGUCGUCCAGCAGAAGACGCCCAACGUUCCGGGUUCCGGCGUCCGCAUUCUGCGACAGCAGCCGGCCGGAUACCAAUACCAGCAGCCACCGACACCUUCCUUCUUCCUACCGACCCAGGCUAGCAAUCAAAUCCAAGCGGCUGUGACGUUACCGCAGCAAUUGCUGCCAGCGUCGACGGCUCCUCCGCCAACCUUGGCCGCCACGACUUACCCGGCGACGGCCUACCUGCCGCCGUCCACCCCGCAACCGACGACGGCCGCUCCGGCGCCUCCGCCGCAGGUGAUUAUUGUUGAACCCAUUCGACCGGUGACCAUUCCGGCUUUCAUCGCUCCGGCCACCACGGCGCCCAUUACUCUGCCGCCGGUGACCCAGCCGACGAUCCUUUCGUUCCCGCCACGACCCACCGUCGGACCGGUUGUCAUCGAUCCGCCGGCCAUGAACAUGGCCCUCAUGCCACAAUUGCCCACUGUCCAGAUGGCCCAAAUCGCUUCGUUGAACGUCGACUGCGCCAAAGAAUCGAUGCUGGUCAAAAUCAAAUUCGAUCGCCCAUUCGGCGGAUUGAUCUACUCCAAGGGUUUCCAUAGCAACUUGGAUUGCCAUUACGUCCGGUACGGAUCGAACCGCGACUCGUACGAAUUUCUCAUCCGCUUGGAAUCGUGCGGAUCUCAGUGGGUCGAUGCCUUAGCCAGCGGUGGACAGGCUUACCUUGAGAACGUCAUUAUCAUCCAGAACGAGCCGGGCAUCCAAGAGAUCUGGGACACUUCUCGCUCGAUCCGCUGCUUCUGGGAAGGAUCGCUGGAGAAGACGGUCUCCUACGCCUUCAACAUCGACAUGCUGGACACUCAGAUCGUCAGCUUCAGCGGCGAUUCGGCCACGGCCAGCAUGGACAUCCAAAUCGGCAAGGGACCCAACGCUCCCAGCGUCAACGGACUGGUGAAGAUUGGCGACACGUUGACGAUGGUCGUCGCCAUCGAGGGCGACCCAGGCUUCGACGUCCAGGUCCAGGAGUGCAUCGCCCACGACGGCGACCGUGCCAACGCCGUGACGCUGACCGACAAGAGCGGCUGCGUUCUCAAGAAGAAACUGAUGGGACCGUGGCAGAAGACCACACAGACCGGCCGGCCCGCAGUGUCACUGGUCGCCUUCUCCUUCUUCCAGGCCUUCAAAUUUCCCGACCAGAUGGAAGUCUUCCUCGAAUGCAACGUCGAACUCUGCAAAAACGGAUGCGACGUCUGUCCGGAAGACGCCAGUCUCUUCGACAUCCGCAGCAACCGCAGCCGCCGUAGCGCCAACAACGCCACUGAAAUUUCGGACGUCCGCCUGCGCCGAUCGCUGCGCGUCAUCUCCAACGAGGACAUCGCCUACAAACCGGAUUCCCACUCGGUCGUGACACUCACCACAGGCAAUCGUCACACGAAUAAAGAGGACGUGUGCAUGGCUCUGAGCAGCUUCAUCGUCGGCCUGGUGGUCAUUCUCAUUAUCUUGGUUAUAUCUUGCAUCAUGACGGCUUUGCUCUGCGUGAAAAUUCGUUCGGCCACCGUCGGGACCGAGUCCAUCUACCCGCCGAGUUCCACCUAUCACGCUUUUUCGUCGUCUGCUUCCAAAGCCUGAACAAGAAUUUGGGCGCCGUUUUUUGAAAAAAUUGAAUUACCAAACAAAGUCUAUUUUUUAUUUCAAAUAUCGUGAUCGCUUAUUUCUCCCAAGCCUUGGGUCGCCGGGUGCGAUCAAACCGUUGAUAUUAUACCUGUGAAUAAUAAUGAAAGAAUUAUAUAAUUUUUUUUUUCGGUUGUAUUGAUUCAGAUAUUUUAUGCUCAAUACAAGGCAACGAUUGGUUGUUA